CAGGAUCACUUUCUGCUCUCGGCUUACCAUAAUGGCGGUCGCCCCAUCAUCUGUGAAAUACCUACAGUCUUCUACCCCAUUCACUCUUCCCAGUCAACUUUCCCCCAAAUUUCAUCCCCGUUUCCCGUCCACUGCCGCCGCAAGGGCGAACUCCACCGGAUUCGGUUUCAGCACUCGUCGCAGUGUUCAGAGGAAACCUCCUGCGGUGCUGCGUGCCUCUGCUGCCGAUUUUAGCCCGAGCAUCGGAGAAUUGUUGGGCGAAGUCACCGUGUUCAAAGCCUCCGGUGAGCCCGUCGUGUUCAAGGAUCUCUGGGACCAGAACGAGGGGAUGGCUGUUGUUGCACUGUUGAGACACUUUGGAUGUCCUUGCUGGUAAUUUGAAUUUCGCUACCCCAUUAAUUUGAUGGGGAUCAGCUUUGGUUUUUACUGAGCCGCCAUGGUUUCUGAUUGUUGUUGUUCAAUUUUUUGGCUGAAGUUGGGAACUGGCGUCAGAGUUGAAGGAAUUCGGUAAAUUCGGUAAACCGGUUUGUAACCGUUUACCGGUAAUUCGGUAAUCGGUAAACCGGUUACAAAUCGGUAUCGGUAAACGGUAAACGGUUUUGCCAAUGUCGGUAUACCGAAACCGGUAAAUUCGGUAAACAAUUUACCGUUUACCGACCGAUUCCCACCCCUAGAAAUAAUAAUACUGAAAAAAUAAAACAAGAAUCAAUAC